UCAGUCAUUCUUUGGACAGCAGUCUCUGCAGGCUGUUCUAACUUCGCGUUCCGUAACCCAACAAGGGAAUACAUUUAGGCAGAAGGUCGUGCGCUUGUGGUUAAGUGGCUUAGCUUUGUUUCUUGUGGAACAUUCAUUAAGAAUUCAUAUAUAUCGUCAUCUUACAGUAGGGAUGCCCAAAUAAAUUGUGUGAUCUAAUUGCUCGUGAGAUGAGAUUGGUGUCUACAUUAGUGCCUAAUACGUAUGAUCUUUUACCAUAUGGCGAAUACGGUAUGAGAAAGCUUUAGAGCACAAACGAAAGUGUAAACUCUUGCAAGCUGAAUCGUUACGUACACAAACAGAUAAUUGCUGGUGAAUGUUAUUGGAUGAUAUAAACUAGCAUAAAGAACUAGAAAAAAACGUGGAAAUAACCAUGACGGAAGUGAGCGAAAGCAGUUGCAGUGUAACUAAUAAUUUAUUCGACGACAAUAAUAGGAAAAAUGGCGCCGUUCGCGUGCAGAUCGUGCCUUCACAACCCAAAACACUGUCCCACUUGCCAACGCGGCCGGCCGUCGAUCUGGCUUUCCACAAUCUUACCUACCGGGUCAAGGAAGGACGACGCAACAAUGUGAAGACAAUACUCAAAGAGGUCAGCGGCAGACUUCGAUCCGGCGAGCUAACUGCUAUCAUGGGACCUUCAGGAGCUGGUAAAAGUACGCUGCUGAACAUUUUGACCGGUUACAAGACCACCAACAUUGAAGGUUCGAUCACGAUGAAUGGAAAGGAACGCAACCUCAGCCAGUUCCGUAAACUGUCGGCGUACAUUAUGCAGGAUAAUCAGCUGCACGCCAAUCUGACGGUGGAGGAAGCAAUGCAUGUGGCCGCCAGCCUUAAGUUGAGCCAGAAGGUGGAAAAAAGCGAGAAACUGCAUGUGAUCAAAGAAAUUUUGGACACUCUCGGCCUGGAGGAGCAUCGCGCAACAUUGACGCGCAAUCUUUCCGGUGGACAGCAGAAGCGUCUGUCGAUCGCCCUGGAGCUGGUGAAUAACCCACCGAUCAUGUUCUUCGACGAGCCAACUUCGGGGCUGGAUAGUUCCACGUGUUUUCAAUGUGUUAGUCUGCUGAAGUUUUUGGCACGAGGAGGUCGAACGAUCAUCUGUACCAUCCAUCAGCCUUCGGCUCGUCUUUUCGAGAUGUUCGAUCAAUUGUACACACUCGCCGACGGUCAGUGUGUGUAUCAGGGAAACACGAAACAGCUGGUCCCGUUCCUAGGAACACUAGACUUGGAGUGCCCGUCUUACCACAAUCCGGCUAGUUAUAUCAUUGAAGUAGCUUGUGGGGAACACGGUGACCAUAUACGGAAGCUUGUGAACGCGAUCGACAAUGGAAAGCGUGAUAUUCGAGGUGAAUUGGAUUUUCCGGCUUUGAAGAAUAAGAAAAAUGAAAACGGUAACGCCAACGCUAAUCUGAAGUCCAAUUAUGACAAGUUGAAUGGAAAUAGUAAUAAAUAUGCCGAAAAUCUGAGUAUAGGUGGUAACGGAUUGUUGCCUUCGUCAAUGGUGAAUGACAUUGCCAAGGAAACUACUAACGAAACGAUCAAAAUUAAUGUGGAACCGGAGAAGGAGCCUGAGGUGAAUUCAGCCCUUUUGCCGGCGGAUGGUCAACUGGAUGCUGGAUUGUCGCCUGAACGAUAUCCUACUUCAGAGUUCCACCAGUUCUGGGUGGUGUUAAAACGGACGCUGCUAUUCAGUAGACGUGAUUGGACUUUGAUGUAUCUUCGUUUGUUCGCUCAUAUUCUGGUUGGAUUCUUGAUUGGCGCAUUGUACUACGAUAUAGGCAAUGAUGGCGCCAAAGUGCUCAGUAACUUAGGUUUCUUGUUUUUCAAUAUGCUGUUCCUCAUGUAUACCUCCAUGACGAUAACAAUUUUAUCAUUCCCUCUCGAGAUGCCAGUCUUGUUAAAAGAAAAUUUCAACCGAUGGUACUCAUUGAGAUCAUAUUAUUUAGCGAUUACGGUAUCGGACAUUCCAUUCCAGGCCAUAUUCUGCGUAUUUUACGUUUCGAUCGUGUACUAUUUCACGUCUCAACCACUCGAGUGGUUCCGCUUCGCAAUGUUCCUUGGAUCUUGCUUGCUCAUCUCAUUCGUGGCACAAAGUGUUGGUCUGGUCGUCGGAGCUGCGAUGAACGUUCAGAACGGUGUGUUUUUGGCUCCAGUAAUGUCCGUACCGUUCUUAUUGUUCUCUGGAUUCUUCGUUUCGUUCGAUGCCAUUCCAAUCUAUCUACGAUGGAUUACCUAUCUCUCUUAUAUUCGCUAUGGAUUCGAGGGAACUGCACUGGCUACCUACUCAUAUGGUCGCGAGAAACUCAAAUGCUAUCAAGUGUAUUGCCACUUUAAGUCUCCAACGACAACCCUCGAGGAGUUGGAUAUGUUAGAUGCUAACUUCACUUUGGACCUUGUAGCUCUGGUGGUCAUCUUCGUUGUGCUGAGAGUUGCUGCUUUCUUGUUCUUGCGAUGGAAACUGAAGACAACCAGAUAAAAUCGUGCAGAGGGAAGUAAAAUCAUAGUUUACGAUAUAUUACAAACGAUAGUUUCAUAGUUAGAGGGGUUCAGAAUCACUUUCAUAGUACCAUAAACCAAAUUAUUGUGAUAAUGGAGGCAAUUUACACAACCAUUGAACAUUGGCAGAACGAAUAAAAUAGCUAUUUUUUCUACCUUUAGCAAUUUCGAGUAGUUCCGAAGUGAUAAAGUACUGAUGCAAUACGAAAGGAAUGGAAUCCAAGCCGCUCUUGUUAUCAUAAAUUUAAUGUUUAUUAUUUCUCAUGGACAUUCUUGAGGGGUUAUGGAUACACAAAUUAGAGCCGAUAAGAAAUAUUGGAGAGGUUUUGUAGUUUUCAUAUAUUUUACCUAAACAUGUAAAAACCCGAUUGUGAUAGCAUUUUAAAUGGAACAAAGUGAAUAUAGCGAUUUAAGAAUAAAAAUAAAACAAA